AUGAGCCAACGUUCUUCGGCUGGAUCGUCAGGGUUACCGUCGAGAAGUUCUCAGGUUGGAGUUCCGUGUAGAUGCUGGUGUGGUGGAGAGAUUAGAACCUACACCUCAAAGACGGAAGAGAAUCCCUGUAGGAGAUUUUACAGAUGUGUUGUUGGUGUGAAGGAGAAGAAGGAGAAACACAUGUUCCGUUGGGUUGAUGAUGCUGUUCUAGAGGAGAUUAGGAUGGUUGAAAGCAAACAAAACCAACUCUUAGAGGACCUAAAAAAGAUGGUAACAAACAAUGUGGAGCUCCAAAAGGAGAUGGUGAAGGAGAUGGAAGAAAAGAUGGAGAAGAAUAUGAUUGAGAUCAUCAGGCAAGAGCUAAUGGUUGCGAAAGAGAGUAUGGAGAAGUCGAACAAGCAGAGGAUUUGUGUACUAGUCGUAUUGGCAGUUUCAAUGGCCUGGCUUUAUAAGAAGAUGAUAUGA